AUGCUGUUUCGUAUUUUGUUUUUAUUUUUCUUCAUAAAUCAAACUGAUUUAUCAAUUUUGGAAAAACAAAAACCAAUUAAUAUUAAAUGUAAUGAUUUACUUGUUGGUCAAUAUCGUUGUCAACAUCCAAAAAUUGAUAGUUUAACACAAGAACCUCAAGGUUGUGAACGACAUCACUUAAUAUCAAAUGGUGAAGAAAAUUUUUUUGAUACAGCACCUAUAAAUUGUUAUACAGCUCCAAAAAUAACUUGUGACGGAGGAAUUUAUAAUGAAACAAUUGAUGGAUUUAUGUUCGAAAAACGUACACCAUGUCGAUGGACAAAUGGAAAAUAUUAUCGUACAACAUUAGCCUUAUCUUUAUUUCUCGGUGUUUUUGGUAUUGAUCGCAUUUAUUUAGGAUACUAUGUAACAGGUUUAUUGAAGUUAUUUACUUGUGGUUUUAUGCUUGUUGGUGCUCUUGUCGAUUUUUUAUUAAUUGCACUACAAGUUCUAACACCAGCAGAUGGUUCAUUUUAUAUAAUUGAUUAUUAUGGACCUCGUAUUUUAUGGACUGAAUUCAAUGAAAAUCGAACUUAUUUAAAACCACAAAAUUAUUAA